AUGUAUAUCAUCAUUAACAUCCUCACUCCUCCUUCCAUUCCUUUCAUUUUGCCUUCACCAUCCACAUAUCCCCCCGUACCCACUGUGAUCGCUUUAUCAGACAUGCCAUACUCACAGAAAACCAUAAAACUCUACUUGCCACUAUUAGCUCUGAUCCUAACAACUUGCUUUGAUCCUCAAAAAACACAUUCGUUUGCUAUUGCCUCAACUGGCUCGCCGCCACUGCUGCGAUUACAGCAGACGCAAAACGCCCAUUUAGAUAUCGAGCAAUCUAAAACCAUCAACGUCAAUAUCAAUGUCACUCACAUCGAUAUUAACUCUAGGAUCAAGAGCCAUCAGCUGGCGACGAAAUUAAAAAAACGCGUGGCUGACAAACGCAAGAAAAAGAAAAAGAAAAAGACCAAGCAUACCAUAGGUCCUAUUCUUGUCCAACAAAGCCUCUUCUGUCAACCUUCCUAUGAUCCACAAAGUUUACCUGGUUUUUCCCUACAGCCUUUCAGUACUCCUUGGCGUCACCAAAUGAUAUACUCUCUUACAUGGGAGACCAGUCCAGAGUUCUUGAAUCAAAUCGUUGCUGCUCAACGGGGUUUAUUUACUCAAACAAAGAGUAAAGAGAAGACAUUGGUUGAGGAUACCGGUAUUAAGCAUAUCCAAAAAGAUGCUUGUGCCAACUUCAGUAAGGACAACAUUAGUAUACUAUGGGAGACGCUGACAAUGGACUUUCAUCUUGUUCCCUUCGAUCCUAUCAAAUCCGAUGAACUUUUACUGAGUCGAGUGCCUAUCAGUUCAGGGAAAGUUGAAUUCAAGGUUCGCAUAGACAUUCCACCUGAGUGGUAUCGCCUUCAGAUCCGAUUCUGGAACGAGCAACUUGAACCUCUUUAUCACCGCUCUCAUUUAUGGACUGUUAUUAAAGACAGUCUAUGGAGUCUUGCAUCUAGCUAUGUUGGUUACAAUCGAACGAGUUCUAACAAACAGAUAAACACCAGUAUUAAUGAUGUCCUUGCGCCACGGCAGGUCGGUACAUGGCGUGGGGAGGAAGCUAUUGAGGUUACAUCACUCAGUCCAGAAAUGAAAGAAUGGGACGAGUUUAUCCAAACCGUUAGUCAUGAAGUUCAAGAAGAAAAAUGGAGCAUAAAAGAGUUUAUCCCCUCAACAUCAAAUACCACUACAGAUGAAUCUAUACAGCAAGAACAUCAACAGCAGCAGCAGCGACAGAAGCAGCAACAGCAGCGGCUAGAGGAGCACCGGAGCAAGGAGGAGUUUCGUAUAUCCAAAUUAGUAAAUAACCCUCCGCCUUCUCCGUGGUGCAGUUGGAUAAAUAUGUUUGCACCCAAGCCAUCAUCUAUAACACCACCCGCAUCACUCCCACUUGAGUUUCAGCGCUCUCAGUUUUCGCAAGAGUCUUUUCGCUUUAAAGAUACUAUGAACGUUAUAGCAAGUCGUGAUAGCUAUCCUGACUUUCAGGAGGAUGAGAUCCAAGAGAUGGAAGAGGAAACAGAAGAAGCAAAGAAACAAGGGUUGGCGGUGCCACAAAUAUCUAUCAUAGACACAGCAACAAAGGCAGAGGUUGAAACUUUAUUGGAGAUUUGGGGCAAGACAUCGGAAAUGAUUGAUGAUGACAGUUUGGAACAAAAUGAAGAGUAUGGGUCGGUUCAAGCAGGGCACCCUGAUCUACAUAUUCUGAUCGAAAAUGGAAAAGAGGCUGCCCUGCCAAACUCGUACACGUCUUGGCGUGCCAAUCGAGAUAGGAUAGUGAGUUGGAAGGUAUCUAGGAAGUUGAUACACGACCGUGUUCUGUUUACUGUCGAGUUGGUCAAGGCACCCAAGCUAUCUUUAUCUUCAUCUUUGACUGGAUUUAAAAAAUUUUCAACUAGAGCAGAGAUGAUCCAACAAUCCUUACAACAGCCUCGUACUGCUGUUCUAACAGAUCAUGUUCCAUCCACUUGGGGCGCAAUCAUUGUGCGGAUGCCUACAUGGGUUCUAUCAGGGCCUUAUCAGAUUCGCUUGCAGGGUUUGAACAGGGAAGGGAUAAAGUGGGCUGAUGUGAGCCAACCUUUUGCUGUGCAAUCGGAUCCAUUUCUGUACGCAUGA